AUGCACCAGCUGUUCAGCCUGGUUCUGGCCCAGAGGGACCUGUCCCGAGCCAGGGACCUGUUCUCGCUGGACGACUUGGAGAUUGAGGACGGGUUGUCACAGGCCCUGGAGGAGAUCAAGGACAUCACAAACCUGCAGGACUAUCGGACCAAUGACAACGACCAGGCAGUGGUGGAGAUCUGCAUCACGCGCAUCACCACGGCGAUCCGGGAGACAAGCUCCAUCGAGCGCCACGGGCUUGCGCUGGUGGGUCUGUGGGAGUCGUGCCUGGAACACAACCUCACACCCCAGGGAGAGACCGAGGACACGCCCCACGCCAAAAUAGCCUCAGACAUCACGAGCUGUAUACUACAGAACUACAGCCGUCCUCCCGUCAUGGUGCUGGCUGUGCACGUGGCAGUCCGCUUCCUCCAGCGGGGCAACAGAGAGCUGAGCAGGAACAUGUCCAGCUACCUCUCCCUGGCCGCCAUCGCCAAGGCCGACCUGCUGGCUGAACACACCCAGGCCAUCACCCUGAGUGUGCUGGGAGGUAACCACAUGCUUUUACGUGUGCUGCCGUCAGUCUACCCCAAACAGCCAGACGCCAUCCACCGUCACCUGGGCAACCUGACCGCCAUGAUGUCACAGCUGGAGUCCCCCGAGCAAAAACACCUGUUGAGACUGAUCCAGAUGGUCGCUGAGCAACAUCCUCUCAUACUAAGCCCCCAUGUUCCUGUCCUAGUUGGUUACCUAAGCGACCCAUCUCUGAACGAGGCCGUGCUCUGCAUGCUCGUAGAUGUGUCACAGGCCAGCCCCUCCUCCUUGGUCAGCUUCCUGCCCACCCUGAGGAUUGUGGGACAACAGUCCCCCAGCUUCCUCAGUCACGUGGCCAAGAUCCAUAGAGCAGUUGGCAUUAUUAAUGAGGCCUGGGCACGCAGCUCCCUGGCCUACCUGGUGUCCCUGCUGGGCAGCAUGGAGCACAGCCUGCACCACGGCCUGCUGCUGGAGGUGAGGGGCCUGACAGAGCGACACGCUUCCAUCCUGGGGGGCUGCAGCAGAGACAUCUACAGGAUGAGCAACAGCUUCACCGCCAUCGCACGUCUGCUGGGGAGGAGGCUGGAACAGUCAAAAAGCCUGGCUGCACACACGAUGCGGUCACGUUCAGUUAACUCCGACAGCGGUCACGAUGAAGAAGGGGUGGAGCUGGCGGAGGAGAAGUGGGAGGUGGACAGGCUGUAUGUCCACCUGAGAGAUAACAUGGAGAAAAUCAAGGAGUUCUGCUCACCCAUGCUCCGGCAGAUCCCCAUCCCAGAACAGUGUGUCAUAGAAGACUCAAACCGCGGUUGUGUGGCCAAACUGUCGUUCUCCUGCCCCCUGAAGGGCCACUACUGUCUAUACGGCAAGUCCUGCUUCAAUCUGACCAGCCGCCAGCCUCACCUGUGGAUCAACAUCAUGCUGCUUCACUUGCAGAGUAAGUCCAGCUCUCCCCUGUCCUCCAGGGAGCAGAAUGUGCAGAGGCUGGCCUCCCUGUGGGAGAGGACCCAGCUGAAGGGGGCUCACAGUUUCUACAUGGCCAUGAUGCAACACCCCACCCCACACAAGAAGGACCUGGACAGUCUACAGAUCCACCUGGAGGAGGUGCAUUUCUUUGACCUGUUUGGCUACAGUGAGGACGAGGCUGCUUGGCUUUGCUUCAUGUGCAACAACCCAGACAAGGCUUCAGUAGUAAACCAGGAGGGCCAGCCCCUGAUGGAGGGGAAGCUAAAGGAGAAGCAGGUACGCUGGAAGUUCAUCAAGCGCUGGAAGACCCGCUACUUCACACUGGCAGGAAACCAGUUGCUCUUCAGGAAGAACAAGUCGAAGUAUGAGCUGGACGACAGCCCUAUUGAGCUGAGCAAGGUGCAGAGUGUCAAGGUGGUGGUUAAGAAGCGGCGUGAUUGCGGUCUGCCACGGGCAUUUGAGAUCUUCACAGACAAUAAGACGUAUGUGCUGAAAGCCCGGGACGAGAAGCACGCUGAGGAGUGGCUGCAGUGCAUCAACGUGGCUGUGGCCCAGGCCAGAGAGAGAGAGAACCGCGAGGCUACCACCUACCUGUGA